AAUACAUAAUUAUUUAACAUCUGAGAAAUAAACUCUCAUAUAAGGUUUAAAUAUUGAGAACAAAGUUUGCACUCUGUACAUAGUUGCGAGCUGCAAGGCACUUGUGUUUUAUCUCACCAAAAAAUCGACAAUCGUUAGCCCGUGGUUCGCCCUGAAUCAAUUUCGGCAGUAGGUAGCAAACCUCGUGCUCGUGGCCAGUCGUAGGUGUGCCUUGUAUUUUCGCAAUCUGUAUAUAGUACAAAGCUAAAAGAGUAGCUUUGUUAAAAAAUAAGCUAUGUGUUUGUGAUUAAUGCAUAAAAGGCGUGGCUUCCUCGUAAAAUCCUACAGUAGUUGAAAAUCUUUAGAACUACGUAAGAUAGUGCAGAAAAGUGUAAUACUGAUUUCGCUGGUGUAGUAUAAAGAAAAUAUUAGGUAUAGUAUUCGCCCUUUCUCGCCAUAAAAGAUGGCACCUUCGUGUUUCGAGGUGAUCCUAGUCGGUCUCUUUCUUCUGAUACCUGUAUUAUAUGAAGUGAGCAGAACCUUUCGUUAUUACCUCAAGUUUUUUCUCUAUUAUGGAAUUGCAAUGCUGAAUUCAUUAAUCCUCCUCCCGAUUGUGGUCUUUCGACCGAAGAACGUGAAAAAUUAUUUAUUAGGAUCGGCUGUGUUUUCUAUUUGUGCUCACCUUAUCGGACUACGUUGGGAAUUAAGGGGGACUGAACAUUUAGAGAAAGAAAGGGCAUGUAUAAUAGUAUCAAAUCAUCAAAGUUCUUUAGAUGUACUGGGAAUGUACCAAGUAUGGCCAAUAAUGCAAAAGUGCACAGUUAUAGCAAAAAAACAGAUUUUUUAUGCAUGGCCAUUUGGUUUAGUUGCUUGGCUUUGUGGAUUGAUAUUUAUAGAUAAAAUGCAGUCAGAUAAAGCCCGUUCAAUUUUAAAUAGUGCUGCAGUCUAUCUCAAGGAAGACAAGAUUAAGUUAUGGAUAUUUCCUGAGGGCACUAGGCGCAACACUGGACAAAUUCAUUCAUUUAAAAAAGGUGCCUUUCAUGUUGCAAUCAAUGCUCAGUUACCUAUAUUACCUGUUGUAUUUUCGUCUUAUUAUUUUCUAUCUUCUAAAGAAAAGAGAUUCGAUGCCGGUCGAGUUAUUAUAACAACAUUACCACCAAUAUCUACAGAAGGAUUAACUUCAGCUGAUGUUGAAGAUUUAAUAGAAAAGACACGAAAUGCAAUGAUGGAAGUUUUUCAUGCCACUAGUCAUGAAGUGCAAUCAAAUACUUCUUCCUAGAGUACAGUAAUUAUUUCAUGGAUUUCAUCAAGAAUUUAUUGCACGUAGCGAAUGUGUGCUACAGUUAGAGAUAGGGGCAGAUAAUAUUAAUUAUUAAUUUCAAUUCAUAUUUUACUUCCCUGUUUUAAAUUUCUUUACAAACCCAAGAUUUUAAUUCUA